CGAGCCAGGCCCGGAGCUAGUAGGCUGCGCCGCGCGCGCCGCGCCGGGGCGGGAGCCGGGCCUGGGCGGCGGGCAGGAGCUGGCGGGGGCGCACGAGCAGCGCUGCAGACAGCCCGGGAGCCGCGGUGAUGGCGGUGCAGGCGGCGCUCCUCAGCACGCACCCUUUCGUGCCCUUCGGCUUCGGGGGCUCCCCGGACGGGCUAGGGGGCGCCUUCGGAGACCUGGACAAGGGCUGCUGUUUCGAGGACGAUGAGACCGGGGCUCCGGCGGGUGCACUGCUGUCGGGAGUUGAAGGAGGGGACGUGCGCGAGGCCACCCGCGAUCUACUCAGCUUCAUUGACUCGGCGUCCAGCAACAUCAAGCUGGCGCUGGACAAGCCGGGCAAGUCGAAGCGGAAGGUGAACCACCGCAAGUACCUGCAGAAGCAGAUCAAGCGCUGCAGCGGCCUCAUGGGCGCCGCGCCCCCCGGCCCACCCUCCCCGAGCGCCGCCGACACGCCAGCCAAACGGCCGCUGGCAGCCCCUAGCGCCCCGACAGUCGCGGCCCCGGCCCACGGCAAGGCUGCCCCUCGGCGGGAGGCGUCGCAGGCCGCGGCGGCCGCCAGCUUGCAAAGCCGAAGUCUGGCCGCGCUCUUCGACUCGCUGCACCACGUCCCCGGGGGUGCCGAGCCGGCGGGGGGUGCGGUGGCUGCGCCGGCGGCCGGGCUAGGAGGUGCGGGCACUGGGGGCGCCGGAGGGGACGCGGCAGGCCCCGCGGGGGCCACGGCGAUCCCAGGGGCCAGGAAGGUCCCGCUGCGGGCACGCAAUCUGCCUCCGUCCUUCUUCACGGAGCCGUCCCGGGCAGGCGGCGGCGGGUGUGGCCCGUCGGGGCCGGACGUGAGCUUGGGCGACCUGGAGAAGGGCGCGGAGGCAGUGGAGUUCUUCGAGCUGCUGGGGCCCGACUAUGGCGCCGGCACCGAGGCGGCCGUCUUGCUGGCCGCCGAGCCUCUCGACGUGUUCCCCGCCGGAGCCUCCGUACUGCGGGGACCCCCGGAGCUGGAGCCCGGCCUCUUUGAGCCGCCGCCGGCAGUGGUGGGAAACCUACUGUACCCCGAGCCCUGGAGCGUCCCGGGCUGCCCCCCGACCAAAAAGUCCCCCCUGACUGCCCCCCGCGGCGGUUUGACCUUGAACGAGCCCUUGCGCCCCCUGUACCCCGCCGCUGCGGAUUCUCCCGGCGGGGAGGACGGGCCGGGCCAUUUGGCCUCUUUCGCCCCCUUCUUUCCAGACUGCGCCCUGCCCCCGCCGCCGCCGCCCCAUCAGGUGUCCUACGAUUACAGCGCGGGCUACAGCCGCACCGCCUAUUCCAGCCUUUGGAGAUCCGACGGGGUUUGGGAAGGGGCGCCGGGGGAGGAGGGGGCGCACCGGGACUAACUUCGAGGCACGCUUCCCUCUAUUAGAGACGGCUGUGGAGAGCGCCGCGCCUCCGUGGGUUUCUCCUAAAUCUAAAGAACGAUGGGAAAAUGCACGUGGAGAUGAAACCGGAUUUUUAAAAAUUCAGUUAAUAAAAGCAACUUCAGAAGAAAGAGAUGAAGAGGAGUUGGGGAUUGUUUAAUCACAACCUCAAGUGUUAAAACAAAAACAAACAAAUACGUUGGUAGGUUCUUACCGGACCAGAGGAGCCAAGAAACCCAGACGGUUUGGGGUAUGGGGUGGGGACGGCAAAAGGGGUAAUGGCCACCUGUCCCUUCUAUUUUUCAGCGAAGGUCAGUGUAUUUAGUGUAACUGCCCCUUCUAAACAGUGUCCUGGUCCCUCCCUUCCCUCUCCUUGAGUGCAUUUUGAAUUAAAGCCUAUAUAUUGAAAAGAAUGGAGAUGAGACUUACUGAUUUGGGUGUUUUCUUACAGGACGGUUUUCCGUCUGGUCGCUUAGCUUUGUUAGGUGAGCCUGUGGCUGAGGGAGGAGGCCGGUGGUCCACUGCUGACCCCUGUGCUGGUCCUUGGGUAGGGUUCUCUUCUGUCACCCUUUAACUCUUUCUUCCUGCCCGCUUCCUGCUUCCAUCUCCUUCCACCAUUAUCACAGUCCCAGUGCUUACUUUUCUUCUUUCUUUGCCUGGCCUCUCAUUACUGUAUUUCUUUCGGCCGGCUUUUCUUGCACAUCUCUUUCGUAGGAGACUUAAAUUUGGCAAACUGGGUUCCAUUUCUCUCCUGUCUUUUCCCCAUUUUCCAGCCACUUUGGGAGGGAGAGAAUGGGCAAAUUGUAACCUCUUUGUAUCAAGUUUCCUGAUCUGAGAGGGUGAAGAAGGUAAUGUUCUUCUACUUGCUUCACAGCUGGUUGGGAACCUCAGAGGGAAAUAAAUAAAAUGUCCUGAGGCUGUGGCAGUGCUUGAUUGGUUCUGCUGUGUAUACAUAAAUGGUUUCUACACGUGCAAACAGAGUUGUGAGUCCCAUGCUUUUUUUUUGGCCUAUCUACUUGCCUGAUGAUUGCCCUUUCCCUUACAAGCUGUACAUCCUCUUGACCAUCCGUCUUUCUCUCCUUCCACAGCUCCCCCUCCACCUCUGUUGGUUUCUGCCUCCCUGUGUUUCCUCAGUCCUUAUACCCACACCCUCCCCACGGAAGGGCGUAGAGAAAGGUGUGAAGUUUCCAAAGGAGUCUCUGUUCCAUGAAUAGUAGGUUUGAUGAAUGGAAUCUGAAGGGGCUCUGCAGGGAGGAGUAUGAUCUGUUGUCCGAGGGAGAUUUGGGGAAAAAGAAAUAUUUUUACCAGCCAUGAAUGUGGCAGAGAGGACACAUGGUACCAUCAGGAUGGUUAAGGGGCAGGGGAGGAAAGACUGGUGGGAAGUGAGCAGCUGGAGGGAAAAGAGGAGCCCUUGGUGCUGCAGACCUGCCGGGAGAAAGGCAUGAAGAGAGCAACGUCCAGAAAAUCUGAGCGAGAGGCUGUCUACUGAUGAUGCUGCAAAAGAGAGCUGCUUGGCUUCAAGGCACCCAGGAUUGACUGCAGGAAUAUCUGGAUGUGAGUUAGUUGAAAACCGAGUGUUACCGCAAUACGUGUAAAAAUCCAGAUUCAUGUUUGCACACAUCAAAAGUAUUGUGAUAUUUUCAUAAAAGAAUUUCUGGAAAAAAAUGAGUAUUAACCAAUGGUAGAUGCAACUUUAAAUGCUAUCACUAAGUCAUUUUCUUCUGAAUAAAGCCUUUCUUAAGAAAGCA